GGAUGACGAUCACGUACGCGCACAAUCACGUUCGUUUGGAACUGAAGAACGUAAAUGUCAAAGACGCCGGACGGUAUACUUGCACGGCCAGUAACGAAGUCGGUACUGCUAGUAGCACUGCUGAUCUUGUUGUGAAAAGUAAAAACGAUAUUCCCGCCGGUGUUUGGAAGGAGACUGCAAGCUCAAGUGGUGAAACGCGGAGAUCGUGUUAAUAUGGAGGUAGAAAUCACAGGUACGCCAGAGCCUACGGUUACGUGGUUCAAGGACGAUGUUCCAAUCAAGGAACGUCCACCAGAGCUGAGGAUCAAGCAGCAGGGAAACUGUUACAUGCUACUCAUCGACAAAGCUGAGAAAGAGCACGCUGGAAAGUACAUGGUUCGGGCAACAAAUGCCGGUGGCGAAGCUCAAAGUAUAGCCGAUUUUGCUGUGUUCGAGCCAACGCCAGACACCAUGGUCGAGGUCCAUAAAACUGUCAUCUACGAGAACGUGCAAGACAAGAAAGUUGUUCAGUCCGACGAGAAGAAGAGCGAGCUUCCCUCGGUUAAGCAAUCGACAACCGAACGCGUGACAACGACGAAAAUUCAACCGGCCCCGCCGUUGAAAACAACCCCGAUAGUAUCGUCCACCACCAUGGCUGAGACAACCAGAACGGUAGAGAAGAUCGAGGAACCAGGAACCAAGAUGAGUCGCUCGGAAACGAUCUCGUCCACCGUCGAAUCUCACCAAAGUCAGUCCAAGUCCGAGCAGAAGUUCCACAUGAAGCUGGAGCACAAAACGCCUAGCGUCACGUUAGAGCCGAAGACAGGCGAGAAAACUCUGUUGAGGGAAACAGCGGGAGUAGAAAAAAUCAGCGAGCCGAAGGUAGUCGAGGAGAAAAUCGAGAACGAGAACGUCGAGACGUCGACGAUAGCGAAGAAAGACGCGUUGAGUUUCUUCGAGUCGAUGACGAGGGAAACGGAGGCGACGCCGAGAGGUCCGAAGGAGAUGAUCAAAUUGGUGGACGACGCGGACGGCCACGAGGUGAAGGUUGGAAAAUUAACGAAGAACUACGAAAGAUCGACCACGUUCCAAGAAGUGAAGAGACCGGAACAGAAGCCUCCCGAGCUGCAAGCAACGAAGAAGGCGGUUCACGAGAUAUUCACGAAGCUGGAACAAGGAAGCGCGGCCGGCCGCGGUGUGGACAACAAGCUGUUCGACUUCCCGUACGAGCCGUACAAACCACCGACAGAAACGAAGAAACCAGCAACGGAGGAGGCAAUCUCUUCGUCUCUUCACGUGUCGAAGAUUGAGAGCAAGAUGGAGAGUAAAACGGAGAGCAAGUCGGAAAUACUGAUGGAGGGUUUCAAAUUGGUGCCGGAGCCUCCGCCGGAGAUCGGCUACAUGCCGAAGCCCGACGAGUUAAAAAAAAAACGCCCCGACGUGUCGAUCAAGGCUAAGCAGCUGCAGGAGUCCUUCGACAAGACCCUCUCCCCCAUAGAAGCGCCCGUUGGCGGUGUGAAGAUUUUCCCCACGCCCUCACCGAAAGUUAGCGAACCUCCUCCAAGAGUUGCGCCGACCUUCUCCAUGCCACCCCCGCCCUUCGACCUCGAGAAGAAAGAGACGAUCGAGGAGCCGUGUGUCAAGAAGGACGUCCACGAGAGGAAGGACUACUCGUUCUCGUUCAGAGCUGCCUCGCCGACCAGGCCGCUGUCGUCCUCGUCCGAGUUUGAAACCAGGUCGCACGUGUCCACCGAUCUCUCGGAGUACAGGUGUCAGUCGGCCGCGUCGAGUCACCAGGAGAUCCUCAGAUCAGCCUCGCCCAGGCCUUCGGCAGACGCGCUGGCCAUGGAGAAGUCUUGGGCGAAGAAGUGUGCCGAUUCCACGAGAAAGUCCUGGCCUCCGCAGGAAUGGCAGACACCGGGGGAAGACUUCAGGAGCACGCAGAAGGAAAUUAGAAGGGAAGUGGAGGAGACCGAAGGUGGUGUUAAGAAGACUAGCGUUGAGUCUUCGAGCACCACCGAGAGACGUUCGUGGAGCUCGAAGCAGGAGUCGAUGGAAAAGGUGUCGAAGAGAGCACCGUCUCCGCCCAAGGCGCCGCCGAUUAUUUACAACGCCGAGACCAUCAAAGUGGACCACGUGGUGAACAAAAUUGAGGAGAAGUCUCUGUACGAGAAGUACACCAGCGAGCUCGACACGAAGAAGUCCGAGACGUCGGAGAGGAUCGAGGAGAAAUAUUCGAAGAAAUGGGCGGGAUCCGACGACCUGAAGGCCCCCAGUCUCGUGAGAAGCGUCGAGCCACCGAAGAGACCGGUCGUUCAAUUGUAUCACCUGACCCCAACCACGCCGACUGAUCAGAUUAUUCUGGAACCAGGACCUCCUCCGGAAAUUGGAUAUAUUCCAGCGCCAGUGAUGAAGGAGAAGAAACUCGAGAAGAUAGAGAAGACGUUCGAGGUAUCUUUGGAUCAUCAGCCAGCCAAGAUCCCCCCUGGAGGUAUCAGAACUAUCCCAACUGCAAAGAGGGAAGAACCUCCCGCGUUACCCCCCAAAGACGUCCGAGUCACUCCUCCGCCGAUUCCAGCCAAAACACAGACACCUGUAGAGCCACUCGAACCGUUCCCGUUCAAACCUUCUCCCCCAACGACGACAAAGACACCGCCGAAAGCACCACCUCCUCCGAUUCCGACGAAAUUCGUGAAAGUUGGCGCGAGUUUCACGCAGGAGAGCGAUUACGAGUCGGACGUGGACGGUUUAAUGAAGGCGAAGUGGAGGCCGUACGAGAGCGACACCGAGGAGCCACGUUAUCGAAGGGUUCAGCCACCGGUGCCUAAGCAGCCUGUUCGACCGAGAUCCACGGAGCCUGAACCGCUGCCCCCUUCAAAGUUCGAGGUCCCUCCGGCGACUGUCGGUCCGCCCAGGCCGACGAUCGCGAAGGAAGAACAGGAGAAAAUUUGCAAGAAAACGACGACGUUCAAGAGGCACGAGAAGGAGAUAAAGGAACAGCAGAAGCAUCAAACGGUUCAGCCUCCACCGCAGAUCGAGCUGAAGCCUGGCUCUCCUCCAAUCUACGUUCAACCAGCCGCGAAGAGUCCAACGCCGAGAAGUCCACCAGCCAGGAAGCCAGAGUCUCCUAAAUUCAAGGUGAAGACGUUCCAGCAGGAGAGCGGAUACAUGGCGGACACCGACGAGCCGUUCCAGCAGAGAAGUUCGGCUCAGUCGAUGCAGAAAAGCUUCGGAAAGCACGAGUCCUCGUCGUCGGUGACCUCUCACGCGGAGUCGCGCACCUCGUAUCAGGAGAGCCGAUCGGAAUACUUCGAGAGCAAGUGUUACGACAGUCGGCAGCAGCAACUGAAGAAAGAAUCGUUCGUCGCGUCGCCUGCUCCAUCGAAGCAGCCGGUUCAGCCAGCCAGCGUUCAGCAACGUAGCUCGUUCGUUGAAAAGAGCUACGCGUCUUCCGCGUCUUCCCCGUCGAGAUUCAGUUCCACGAAGGAAACAAUUUAUACCACAGAUCAGUCGCAGAAGAAGUUGGAGACAACGAAGAAGAUCCUGCCACCCUCUCCGAGUCCUUCUAAAUUCGUGAAGGGCGAAUUUCGUGAAAGCGACUACGAGAGCGACUACGACGGCAGAAUACCACCCCUUUGGAAACCGCGGGGCUACGAAAGCGACGACCAGACUUUCAGAUCCGUGAAGCUCGCUGGUCCAGGCAAACCGAAGGAGCCUCGGGCGCCGCUGGCCGAGGAGAUCUCGCCGAAGCAGCAGAGAAUCUCGGCGGCCACGCCGACCAAACAGAAGACCGUUCUCCUACCCGGCACUCCGCCAGAGAUCGCCUAUGCACCUCCUCAGCCGACCUACUACGAGGCUCGAUCCGGCGUUCCCUUCCACAACGCGAUCGGCACAGAAACGAAGAAAACAGUGAGGAUGGACGAGUCGACGGAGAACAGCAGAAGAAUCGUCACGGUGGAACAGACCAGCCGCGUGAUCAAAUUCGGCGAUCAGAAACCAUCCGCCGAUUUCAAGAGCUUCGAAACGUCGGCGACUGGAGCCCAACGACACAAGUCCACGUUCAAAGUGCCAACGCCUACAAAGUUCGUUCAGGGUUCAUUUCGUGAGUCGGAUUACGAGAGCGACAUCGACACGAGGAUCAAGCCGAAAUGGGCGCCGGCGGACAGUGACACGGAGGAGCCGAGGUACAGGAAGGUUCAACCACCUUCGGCCAAAGGACCGAGGUCGUCCAGCGCUCCGGUUAGACAGGAGCACGUGGUCUCGCCGCUGGAGUUCGACACUGGGCCACCUGUCGUCAAGAGGCAAACGUCGAUGACGCAGCUAAGGGAUGACAGUCGAACGAGGAAGAUCGACUCGCUGAGUGUUAAAGCGCAGAGGGAAGCUGGCUCGAGGACGCAAGAGGACGCGUUGAAGCCUGGAUCGCCACCGGAGUUCGGUUAUAUCUCGAGGAGCGACGUGAAGAAGGCAGCCAAUCACGUCGCGUCGCGUCACAUGACCGACAUGACCAGCAGCUUCAAAUCGAAAACCGAGAAAUUCGUCAGCGACAUCCAGUCGGAUCUGAAGCAGGGUAAGCCGAUCCUCAAACAUCCGGCCGACAGUCGAACCAGCGAUGGCGACGAGCCCAGAACUUACAGAGAAGAGACCCGACACUCGGAACAUGGAACGAAGCACAUCGAUCCAGACACCGGGCUGAUAUACUUCAAGUACGACUUCGGCUACGAGUUUGGGAUCGUGCUUCCCGGCGAAGGCAAGCGGACGGUCAGCAGUACGAACAGAACGAUCCAAGGUCAACGACGAGCCAGCGACAUCGAGGUGCCGAUCGUCCACGAGUUCACCACCAGAAAAGAGAACGGCUACGCGAAACGGAGCAGCUCCACGGCGUCUUCCACGCGGCCGGGCAAAUCCCCGGAGAAAUUCGCCACGUCGAAGACAGUGAAAUGGGAGCCAACGUCGGAGAGCGAGUUCUCCGAGUCGGAGGACGUGAGAAACGCGAGGAAAAGGCAGCAAGACGGGGGAAACGCAAUGGGGGCGCCGCCGAGUCUUGUCAUACCCUGUUCUUCACCAUCGCCGUCCAGAUGGGAUCACACGACGCCCAGUCCACUUUCCCUGAGCCCAAGCUUACCAAGUCUCUCCCCCAGAUACAGUAGUGCCACCGGACCACCCAGCAACGUCGACUCGGCAGGAUCACCGUGGCCAACCACUAAUGGAGUGGCCUCGAGCAAAGAAGUGAUUCAGCCUUACCUAGAUAUACUACCGAAAAAGGCACCGCUUUUCAUCACGCCACUGAAAGACAUCGCGGUGGUGAGCGGGCAGACGGCGAGAUUCGAGUGCAUCGUUCAGGCUGAACCACAACCGAACAUCCUCUGGUCCAAGGACGGCAGGAUCAUCGAGAAUUCAUCGUGCUACGAGAUCCAUUAUCGCAACGGCGUUUGUCGUCUGACCAUAGUGCGAGCAUUUCCUGAGGACGCUGGCACUUACGCGUGCACUGCAACGAAUAGCUUAGGCUCGACAGUAACUUCCGCCAUCUUGCAGGUGCCAGGUAACAGACGAUCAGUAUACGCGCCUAUUUAAUAAUGGUCGAGGAGGGAUUAAGCAAAAACAAAUUAAAACGCCAAA